AUGGAGGGGAUCGAUGGGGGGGGGGGGGAUUGGUUUUGUUUAGUUAGUAGUAUCAAGAGGAAGCAAAAGCGAAGGGAAGAAGAAAAAAGAAAGAGGAAAAGAAAGAUCCGGCCGGGCAGGGAGGUUGUUUUGUAUAAAAAAAAAGAAGAGGAAGAAGGAAAAAACCAGGCAAGCGAGCAAGCGAAGGGAUGUAAGUAUGAAAAGCAAAACCUGGGGAAGAAGAAGAGGCAGAGGAGUCGAGGCCAGGGCAAUAUGGAUAUGAAGGGAAAAAAAAAAAAGAAGAAGAAGACGAAGAAGAAGUAA